AUGGGUCAGGCGGCCAAGGUUUUACAGCUCUUUAAAACACUGCACAGGACCAGACAACAAGUUUUUAAAAAUGAUGCCAGAGCAUUAGAAGCCAGAAUAAAGAUAAAUGAAGAAUUCAAAAGUAAUAAAAAUGAGACUUCUCCUAAGAAAAUAGAAGAGGAAAUUCUGUCUUCACCUAAGCUAAUGAAAACAGGUUCUGAUGUUGAAUUGUUACUAAGAACAUCUGUCAUUCAAGGUAUUCACACAGACCACGAUACACUCAAAUUGGUCCCUAGGAAAGACCUUCUUAUGGAAAAUGUGCCAUAUUGUGAUAUACCAACCCAGAAGCAAUGAAUAUUCUAGGAUAAAACAAGUCUUUGCACUUUUUAACUUUAAAAUACACAACUCUGGCAGAAGUCCUGCAAAUGCAGACAU